AUUUCCAGAAAACCCUGAGAAGAGAGCUACUUUGGCUAAACCUACUCAGAAGCAAAGUCUCAGAAGAAAGACCUUGGGGGUACAUCCAACUCUAGACAAUGGGACCUCUGGAAAGGAAAGUGGGGAGAAAAGUGAAGUGAUGCUUCCAGAAGCAGAACAGGAGUGUCAGCUCAAAACAGAGAAACACAGCGCACCUUUGGUGCAUAAAGGCAGAGAGAAGAAUGAGAAACCAGAAGCAGACAAUGGAGGGCGUAAGGAAAACCGGAAAGGAGCGCCACAGAAAAAAGUUCAAGGCAACGCCCGAGUCGUCACUGACCAAGAGGAAAUGCAGGAGCAGGAGCAGGAGGAGGAGGAGGCAGACGGAGGAAGUGACAAGUGCAUGGCUUGGGUUCAGUGCUCGUAUCCAACCUGUCAGAAGUGGAGGCGGCUCAGCAGUGACAUAGACCCCUCCGUGUUGCCCGAGGACUGGUCCUGUAACCAGAACACAGAUCUUCAGUAUAACAACUGCAACAUUGCUGAGGAAACGUGGUCAGGAUCUGAAAACGAGGUGGUCUAUGCCGUAUAUAUUCCUGGGUCAAUCGUAUGGGCCAAACAAUAUGGAUACCCAUGGUGGCCUGGGAUCGUAGAGGCUGAUCCUGAUAUUGGAGAGUACUUCCUGUUUUCUUCCCAGACAGAUUCGCUUCCUUCCAAGUACCAUGUGACCUUUUUUGGCAAGACCGUGACCCGGGCUUGGAUCUCUGCCUCCCUGCUGAGGAACUUUGGUGAAACAACUGUGGAAGGAAAUGGUUUGGCCAAGCUCAAGAGUAAAGGUGACAAGAAGAACCUUGAAGCUGCUCUGAUGAUGGCAAAAGAAGCAGCGCAAAUAAGCAUUCAGGAAAGAAUAAGGAUAUUUGGAUUCCGCAGCCGAUUCAGCAGAAAAGAGCCACCCAAAGAUCACAAAGAUGUAAAAGCUGCUGCUGCCCUGGUUACCUGCAAGCCUCAAGCCAAGAGGACCCAAAGGCCGUUGGAUGGGAACAAGAACUCGGCGGCCUCAAGCAGGAGUCAAAAUAAGCUUCCUCCUGGCGCAGCAGUGAAGAAGCAAGAUGGAGGGGUCAGCAAGAAAGUCAGCGUGCACGGGAGUAGAAAACACAAGUUAACAUCUGAAGCCUCCACUUCUUUGUUGAAGAAGAGCCAAAGAGACAUUCAGCCUCCCAAAACUGCACCUGUGCCAAAAGGUUCUGGCAAGGCAAGGAGACCUCAUAGCGACCAGAAAAGUUUUAAGAAACCGUUCUCUGUGCCACAGUGUAGGAAUAUCAAAGCUGAACGCGCCAGUUCUUGUGCAAACAGCAGCACCGCUAGCAUAGUGUCACCCAGUUAUGCAAGCAAGAAAGACAGUUCGAACGAGGCCAUGGCAGAAAGCAAACCGAUGUUGAGCCAGGGCAGUGUGAUCCUUGAGGAAUCAAAUGGUGUUGCGGCAGUGGAAAAAGAUGAAGAGGAAAUCUUCAGCAGCCAGGAGAUGUCUGUCUUUGCCGAGGAGAAAGAUUAUUCCCCGGAAGACUUUUCCUUGGUCUUGUUUGAAGAGUAGCUGUUCAAAUGAAGGUGAGCCCCCUCGUCCCGCCAUGGAGAGAAUGGGCUCCUCCUUCCUCCAUAGCUGACUGCGUAUGCUGAUCCGUAGCACGGAGGCGCAACCCUUGAUAAGCAUAAAUGGCACCAGAGUGGGAGAGUAGCAGGGACCAUGGAGAGGGGCCAUUUACAGUUCUGGUUCUUGUGCCUCAUCCACCUAGGAAGUUGGUGACUAUUUGUUUUUAAACAAGAUUGUGACGUUGUCUCUUUCUCUGUUCCAUGAUUAAACAAGCUACUAGAAACAGCCAUAAACAAGGCAUGGAAAAUAACUUCACUCCCCAGUAACUUGACUUGCUUAAUGUUUAGUUUAAAAGAGAAGCCAAACAAAACAGCAAUAAAAAUGUAUGAGAUUUCUGGGGAUUGCUUUGCCCUAAUGUAUAAGUUGAUAAUUCUCUUGUUUGUCUUAAGAAGUACAGCUUUUUUCCUACUGGUUGUUUUGUUACAAUUUGGCAAGACUUUUAUUAAAGUCCAGUUUGGAGCUGAGCAGGGUGUCUCCAUUCAGUUUUACUAGCACCACAGAUGCCAGGAGCAUGCCUGCACACUUGAACGUACACUAAUUUGACAAAAAGAGAGAAAACAGAUCCACCACUCAAAUCCAGACACGUUGGUUAGAGUCACUUGUGCAAACACGGACAGUGGGUUGAUAAGGUGUUGCCUGCAAUGAAGAUGCUAACACAAUUGUAUUGGAAAACUUUGAGAGAUGAGUUACAAAGGCCUUUGUUUAUCAGCAAGUCCAAAUUAAAGUUUUUCCAGCGCUGUUGUAGUGCUUAUGUUGGUCUAUAUCGCAUACACACAACACUAAGUAUU